CUCGCCGCCCCGCCCCGCUGCUCGCCGCGCCGCCCCCCGCCCCGGCCCGCCACCCCGUGCGUCUAUGCGUCAAUAAUAGCGGCGGGGAGGCAGAAGAGGAGGCCACGGUGACAGGCGGAGGAUGGGCGGCGUGUAGCGGGCGUCUGCGGCUCACCGACACUCGAGACCAUGGCGGCGGCAGCGACGGGAAGCUCCUUAUCCUCCAAGCUGAAGAAGAAGGCGAUGAGGGUGAAGCACCAGAAGGUCAAGGUGUUCAGGGCCAACGAGCCCUUCCUCUCGGUCUUCAUGUGGGGAGUCAACCACACGAGUAGUGAACUGAGCCACAUAAAUGUGCCGGUAAUGUUAAUGCCCGAUGACUUCAGAGCCCACUCCAAAGUUCGAGUUGACAACCACCUCUUCAACAAGGAAAAUCUGCCUUCGCAUUUUAAAGUUAAAGAGUACUGCCCGAUAGUAUUCAGAAAUCUACGCGAAAGGUUUGGCAUUGAUGAUGCUGAUUUUCGAGAAUCUUUAACAAGGUCGAGACUAAUUGAAGUCCAGCGUUAUGGGGUCUUUAAUAAUGGCAGGUCUCAACCGGUGGCCAUAGACUCUCCGGGCAGAAGUGGUGCCCGGUUCUACAGCUCCUGUGACAAGAUGUACAUAGUAAAGACCCUACUUAGUGAUGAAGUUGAACAAAUGCAUGCAUUGCUCAAAGAAUACCACCCAUAUGUUGUAAAUCGCCACGGCAAGACAUUGUUACCACAGUACCUGGCCAUGUACCGCCUCACAGUCGACAGCAUAGAGACAUACUGUGUUGUUAUGAGAAAUGUCUUCUCUACUUUCCUCAAAAUCCACAAGAAAUAUGAUCUUAAAGGCUCAACAGUUGAUCGUGAAGCAUCUGUAAAAGAGCUAGAAAAAGAUUUGCCUACUUUAAAAGAUAAUGACUUUAUGAAGGAAGGGACUAAGAUACACAUUGGUGAAGAAGCCAAGCAGCAACUCAUGGAAACACUCACAGCUGAUGUUGAGUUCCUGAUGAGACUUCACUUGAUGGAUUACUCUCUCCUGUUGGGUAUCCAUGAUAUAGCAAAGGCAGAAAUGGAUGGGGUCCUGCAGAAUGAGUCUGAGGAUGAUGCUGUUGAGGAGGAGGAGGAAGAUGAGUGUUCUGGUGUGCCUACUCCCCCUGACUCCCCUAACACCGCUGCGAGAGAACGAGCAACCAGCAAUGGGGCCAUUGACCCAGAUGUUGAAAUAUACGCCAUUGAGAGUAAUGAAAAUGCGCCUCAGCGAGAAAUAUAUUUCAUGGCCCUCAUUGAUGUGCUCACUCAUUAUGGUGUUAAGAAACAGGCAGCAAAAGCUGCAAAGACUGUAAAAUAUGGAUCAAAUGCUGAUGGCAUUUCCACAGUUGAACCAGAACAGUAUGGACGCCGAUUUCUGGACUUCAUGAACCAAGCUAUUGUUUAAGUGUUACAAGAGAAAGAUACUGACAAGCAUCAGUAGGGGGAUAAAGGACUUUUUCCCUUAAUCCUUUCCAUCCGUGACGCAGACGUUGGCGUCACAGUAUGGAAAGGGUCAAGAGGAAAUGGAAGAGGAUUCAUCCUCUUUUAAACCUCUCAAUUCUCCUUUAAAUUCCUCUUAAUCCUCUUCCAUUUCCUCUUAAGAGGUUUAGAAGAGGAUUAAGAGGAAAUGGAAGAGGAUUAAGAGGUUUAGAAGAGGACUAACCCUUUCCACACGGUGACGCCGUCAGACGCCUGUCGGACGCCAAUGUCGGCGUUGCCGGAGUGAAGGGGUUAAUAUAUUUUCAUUUAUUUAAGUACUCCUGUAUUUUUUCAAUUGCUGCCUGUCGCUCGGUUUUUGAAUUUGUAACUUACCUGAUUGCUGAGGGUGGUAUAUGUUUUCAGUAAUACUGAAUGGCCUGUCUGCCACCGUGUUUGUCUCGCGUUUUGUUGUCUGGAAACAGACAUAUCGCCAAGAUCUCAGAUACAAUGGACACUACUUAAUGAAAAAAACAACCAAAUGAAUACAAAUUACCUACUUCAAAGUAUCCUAAUUUUUCUAAACAAUACAUUCCCUUGUAUUUGAUUUUUAAGAUACAUGAAAGUGAUGAAUUAGAGUUCAUAAUGAUGAAAAUAGUAUUUGCUAUUGAUUUUUUCCUAACAUUUCUCAUCCUGAAAAAAACAAGUUUAGACAGUUUUGAUAUUAUGUGUGGAUAAUAUUAAAAAAUAUACAUUGUACUGUUUAUUUCAGCUAUUGUUUUCUCAAUUAGGAACUCAUUAUCGUUUUUACAGUCCUGUAAUUAUCUAAGUAGCAUCAUCAUGUCCAGGAGUAGUGAUUUAUGUUGAAGAAUACUCAAAUUUAGAUUUUCAUUUGUUUAGCAAUAAGGGAAUGAUUACAGCUUUGAAUCUAUGUCAAACUGUAGUCCUUAUGUUUGCCAUUACUCAUGUAAAAUAGUCUGUGUCUGUGAUUAAGGGUUGACCUUUCUUUGCUUUUUUAUGGCCUUAUUUCUUACGCUAGGGCUAUGAAAUAUUAUCUCAAAGCUCAAAGUAUAUGAACAGAAACCAGAACAUAUUGUCACUCUUAAUUUCAAGCAGUAUGUAAGGGAGGUCACUCUUUAAAGGAAAAGGACUUGCCAAUAUAAUUAAUGAAAAGCUACACUAGUCUAUACAAUUACUGUAGUAGGUAUUUGCAUUGCCUUUGAAAGCUUUAAGGAACUAGGAGUGCAUUUUGUGUGACUUUCCUACUUAACAUUUCAGCAGUCGAUCCAGUAAUAAACUCCCCAAGUUACAGUAAUGGAUUGAAAUAUUAGCUUGUCAUUAUAGUAUUUCCAUUUGAAACUGGUGGGUGGGGUAGUGGCGGUGUGGGGUCAGCCCCGCCCCGCACCUUGCCACACACCCUCCUUUCAUAUGUCAGCUUUAUACUACCUUUAAAUGAAUAUAAUUAAAUAAUUGGAUAAUCCAGUAAGGUCAUAUAGUGUUAAGAUUGUUUCGUUUUUAGGAUAAUAACAGAUUUUGUAUAAAUACGACAACACUUGACAACGUUGGAAUGCAAUGCUGUAAAGUGUCGUGGUAGUUAUACAAAAUCUUUGUUAUUAUCCUUAAAAACGAAACAAUCUAAUUAUUUAAUUAAAUUCAUUUAAUGGUAGUAAAUAGCUGACAUAUGUGAGGAAGCGAGAGGUGCUGAGGGUGUGUGGCAAGGUGCGGGGCGGGGCUGAUCCUGCAGUGGCCAGCACCCCGCCGGCCAGUUUCAAAUGGAAGUACUAUAAUAUCUUUUGCUUAGGGAAUUUUCAUCUGUUUAGUUAAUACAUUUGUUUUCAAUAAGCACUCAAAUGAACACUGAGAUUUUUAAAUAUGUGUAAUCCCCCAGUGCAAAUUAAAUUAUUUGACUGAACAUUAUAAUGGUAUAUAAUCCAUAAACAUUUUAGGAAUAGAUGCAUACUGAAUGCUGUUGUACUGAUACAGAAAGGGAUUAGCCUUUGUGUGUUUAAUGAGAAAAAGUUGUCCUGUAGAGGAGAGAUGUCAUCAGUGCACACUUGAAAAAAAGUAUCGUUUGAAAACUUUCAUCAGAUCAGAUAUUUUAACCAGACUAAUCAAAGGCAAGUAACUCUGUAUAAAUGGCAUUUACUGUAAAUGAGAAAAUGUUGUAUUUAUUGUGUUGGAAACAAAAUAUUCUUACUCAUAGGCAAAAUCUACAUAAUGAAGAAUAACAACUGCAGGUGAUAUGUAUGCAGAUUUGGGCCUGUGCUCUCACUAGGUGACCCUUAUUAUAACAUUUUGUGAUAAGAAAUAUUGAAAACCUUUGUUAAAAUAUUUUGUUUUAUUGUCUUAAUAUAAUUGUUAUCAAUCCCAUUUCCUGUAGACAGUGAAAAUCCAAAAUGACCCUUUAAAAAAAGUUGUCUAAAGGAGGAAACUUAUAAGUCAAACUAUACAUCGCUCGUUGAAAUGGACCCCACUCUUGUCCAGACCCCUACCAAUGACAUUUAAUAUAUUUAUAGAACACACACACACAACACACACACACACACACACACACACACACACAGAUCAAUAGCAACAGCUGUAAAAGGUUGUCAAUAUUGCUGAGUAAUUAUAUUGUUUUGCCAAUGAUGAAACUAAAGUAUGCUCAUCAAACAUUACUUACCACAUAUCCUGAAACUUAGAUUUUAUGUCUAUUGUCACAAGAUAAGCUUCAAAUCUUUGUUGUAAGAAAUUCUAAACCAUGCUGAAGUGCUCUUGCAUCAUCAAGUUGACAAUUUAUUAGUGUUUGAUUAUAAACAACCAUAUACUGGCAGAAUAAAAAUAUUUAGGGUAUAUCCCACGUCAUGCCACACAGACAUGGUGACAACCGUGAUACAAAGUUCAAGCUUUUUGCUUGUGCAUUGAAUUUUUAUUUAGCUAUCAAGAGUGAACAGUGAACAGUGGUGUAGAGUUGCAUAAGUGAAAUGUUCAUCUUAAGUUUUUUAAAUCAUGGUAUAUGCCUGGUGAUUAUUGAUAUAUUGAAAUUUGAAUGAGGACAUGAGGAUAUUGAAGAACACUUUGGUUGCAGUGCAUUGCACGUAUAAAGAUUGAACAUUACAAUGAGCUUCAGUGCGCGAAUAAUAAUAUUACAAGAAUUCAUUUGCAAGAGAAAUGGUGUAAUUCAGAAUAUUUUCUUUGGAAAUUGCUGCAAUGUAAGAUUGUUUGAAUUUUUUUCCUAAGAUUGCUCAAAUUUGGUGUUUGAAACAAAGGCUCAUGAAUAAUUGAACUCAUCGUACUUGAUGCAUGUGAUGCAAGAAUGCUAUUGAGGGUAGUAUGAAGAAUCAGAAUUCUGUUAUUUCUUUUCAUUUUUUUUUCCCUUCAAGAGUAUGCAAAGAUUAUACUGAAACAAAAGAAAGGGUACAUUAACAUUGCAGAGUAAAAAAUAUUUUCCCCAUUUUUCCCUUGCCCUUCUUAUUUCUGGAUUUGCAGGUGUUGGGUGCUUGGGAGGUUUUCCCUCCAGUAUACAUUUAAAUAAACUGACAAACAUUGUAAAACAUUCAAACUGAUGUUGAAAUGUGGUGUAAAGGAAAGUGAAGAAGCCAAUAUGAUUAUUGAAACACAUGAUUAUAUGAAAAUACUGUAGUGCAGUGGAGUGGCUUUCCUUUGGUUACUGUAAUGACCCUUUAAACAACUGCAAGUAGUACAGCCCAACAAACUGCAUAUGUGUGCAUUCAUCUAAUUCAUUGGCUUGCAUAAAGGGAAUAGUUUGUCUUCUGCAUAUGGUUUAUCUUUUGCAUAUAUUGUUGGUUUGGAACUUAACACGGUCUGUAUAAAAACUAUACCAGUCAACUUUAAUAUCAUAAUGGUCAUAAGGAAGAUUUUUAUAAUUUCAUGUAACAAUGAAGUAAUGUGGAAAAACAAGUCAUCUUUAAGUUCAAGUAACUCCUUUUAUCAAGGUCAUGUGAAAAGGAGCACAGUGUAACAAACCUUGUCUUCAUUAAAGGCUUUUCCCACAGUGGAGAGCCCUGCCCAUAGUAUGCAUGCAGGCCAAGAAGUUGAAGUAUAACAUCUACAACAUAGUGACUCCAUUGUCUCAUGCAGCAUCCAUGUGCCAUGCAGUACUAGAUUCAGUGUGGUGUACUUUUCUCAUCAGGUAAAGAGCACUUCAUGUCUCAAAUGGUUGGAUCUGAAAUUUGUUAUAAUUGUAUGCUUAUUCGUAUUGUUUUACAGAUUUACUUAUAGUGAAGCAAUUUUCCAAUGUAAUAAAACACAUUUGAAGGUGACAUAAUUGCAAUAUGAAACCAAUAAGUAAUGUGUUUAUGAAAAUGUUGGAAAAGUUAAUGAGAUAUAAUUUUCCUUUAAGUUUGAUUGAAAGCUCAGUAUUUGCAUUGGAGUUUUGCCUAACUUUACUUUAUUAUGCACUGACUUCUUCUUAUUCUGUUUUAUUCUUCAAACCUUCCAGCUUGCAGUUAAAAGUAUAUAUUACACACACACACACACACACACACACACACACACACACACACACGUACACACGUUAUGGAGACAGGACAGCACGAGCCUAGUACGGCUCUUUUCCUGUAUUUCACAACUAGGUCAAUACAACUAGGUAAAUACACCAUCUUUUUUUCACAUUUCAUCUAUGGUCACAUGAUGUUUGGGAGGUCAGAGUAGUACUGUGCAGUUAAUCAAUCAUCCACAUCACUGCAGUAUUUUCAGCAUUUUCCACACAUGUGUCUGUGUAUGCUUAGAUGCUUUUGGUUUGAGUAUAUUUAUUGAAAGAAAAUCAUUACUGAAUAUCAUGCACAACAGAGUUUAAUUCAGAGUAAGCCUAUAGCUAUAUAAUAUUGAGACCAACUUUAUCAACAUUGUCACAUCAAGAAAAUAAUAAACAAAAAAUAUUCAGUAUUGUGCAAGAUAUGCAAAGCAUCACAAUUCAUCAUGCAGAUAUGACAAUAGGUGGAAAAAAAACAUGUGCAGACACUUCUCACUUUACUUGAGUUUGAAUCAAACAUUUUGGGAAUAAUGUGGCGUAAAAAGUCUAAUUUACUUAUUACUCAUUGUUUUCUUUCAUUAUCACAAACAAACAUGUUUUCUUUCAUUAUCACAUUCAGACUUAGAAAUAAAACUCACGUGGAAGGGCUUUUAAAUAAAAUUGCUUGAACAGAGCAUUACACAGGAUAAUAAAACUUGCUAUUCAGUUGUAAACAAAAUUUUCAAAGUCCUGGAACCAAAGAUCAUGAUGUUUAAGGUAUGUGAAAUUUACUUUACACCAAGAAUGCAGCUUGUGUGAAAUGAGAGGCAUACCAUGUAAUACAUUAUUAACGGGACACUGCAGGCAUCUCUUCAUGGCAACCUGACCAUUAUUAUUAUUUAUUUGAAAAGCAUUUGAUGGUAGGACAUGAUCAGAAAUUUAAUUAGAUUCAUUUUUAUUUAUUUAUUUUUUUUUUUUUUUACAACAAAAGAAACGGCUCAAGGGCAACAAAAAGAGUGUAGAAAAAAAGCCCGCUACUCACCGCUCCCACAACAGACAAAAGUAAAGAGUGGCCAAAAGAGAGGUCGAUUUCAGGUGGAGAGGUGUCUUGAUACACUCUUCUUUGCAGUGCAAAACUAUAUAAAUUGGCAUAAACACACUUCAAAGCAUUCUGAACACCUUACUUUGAUAUGUUUUUGUGAACAUUUAAUCAUACAAAAAGAAUCUUACAUCUGUGAAAUAAAUCCAAAGCAGCAAGAGAGGUAGGUAACCACUUGGAUUGCGUGGCAGCUUUUUCAUUUUGGUUUAGGCAUUUCAUAAUUUUGGUUUGCUAUUACAUUAUAGGUUUGUACUUCUAUUUUUGCCUCAGCACACAAGACAUAUAGAAAAUUAUUUGUAUAUCACUUACCCAGAUACAUUUCUAUCAACAAUUCUUUACACACAGUCAACUCCCAUGUUACUUCCAUCAUCACCUCCUUCCUUCUGUUGCUACAGUUUGACAUCAAGGAAAGGGUGGGCUCUCAGCAUAGCUCUAUUGCAGAGAACGUUUUGCUCUGCUUUAUUGAGCAUGAGAUUUGAACCAGGACAUGUAAACCAGACUACAUGCCUUUAUCAUGUUUGUAAGAUAUAGUUAUACUAUUAUGAAAAACAACAACUUUGCUUCUUAUUUUCUGACCAGUGUGUGAAGGGAAACAUCCCAAAUGCUGCUGUGUUAGGGCUUCCAAUUUGAAAACAAAAAUACUAGAUCUGGUGUUUAUCUUACCAUGUACCUCCCCUUGAUAACUUACCAUCUAUUUCCUUUUAAUUUGCGUUGUGUGGUGCUUUUUAGAGUUUUGAAAAUAUAUUUCAUUAUCGAUAUAUUAAUUGCAAGUUAGGUGUCCUCAAAUGAGCAAAAGUUUGUUGUCAUUGUUGUCGUAGCUAACUGGCAUAUUUUGUUGUAGGAUGCUGCCACAAUGGUCUUAGUGUAAGCUGUGGUGAGCAAAUAAUGUUGAUAAGCUCAUUUACUAUCCAGUUAUUUAAAGCUUUAUUUUGUUUAAUUUCACUUAGUAAAAGAAUCUAGGACAAAGCUCCAUCCACUUUAUACAAUGGAAAGUAAAAUAUUUGAAAUUUAAGUAAGUUAUAUAAAUAAAUGAGUUUAUGCACUUUUUAUCUCUGCAUGUUGACUGUUUCACAUUAAUUAAUCUUAUUUUUCUUGAAAUGAAGACUUCUUAAUUUAGGAUUCACAAGCUGUUCACAUCCGUAUACCGCCUAAGCAUCAAGGGACUGUGUCUUGGCUUGAGGAGCACAUGCAUCGUGGAGAGUUUGAAAAGAUGCUCAUUUUACAAAUAUAGAUUAUCAUUAUUAUUAUUAUUAUUAUUAUUAUUAUUAUUAUUAUUAUUAUUAUUAUUGUUAUUAUUAUUAUUGUUAUUAUCAUUAUUAUUAAUGAUUUAUUGAUUGAAUUAUAUUUUUAUUUUUUCUACAAGUAUGAUAAUUAAUGAUAUUCAUUCACAAGGGCCUCCCAGUACAUAUUAUAAUUUGUAAUAUAUAUUCUGGUGUUUUCACUAACAAGUAUGAGUAAGUAUUGUGUAGUGUUGUUCAGAAUGAAGUCAACUAAUGAACAUAUUUGUUAGGAUGGAAUAUGAAUUAACUAAUGUGGCAUACCAUCAGCUUUAGUCAGUGUCUGGGGAGUAUACUACAGAGGGUCCAUACUCUUGAAUGGAAAACAAUGUAAUAAGGUUUUUAUGUGAUACCAUGUUCUGAUUUGAUUGAUGAAAUUUGAAUGUAAUAACUAGUAUGAGAAAACAGGUCCAUUUCUUUAUAAAUUAUGCUCUGAAGGGGCUAUUUUAGGCUACUGAUACUGCUGUCAUAUAACAAAUAGAGUUAAUAACCAAUAUGUACAGUUUGACAUUGCUUGUGGGGUUGAAACAAUAUAUGACAAAGAUACUGCGCAGAAAAUAUAAUGAAAUCACAUUAUCAAUAUUCAUGCAGCAAAGUGAAGUGAAUCAUACUCAACAUUUUUUUAGAGUGGAACUUAAAUAUCUACUAAGCUCCCUUCCAAAGCUUACUGAUGUCCUACCAUGUACUGUUGCAGGAGAGAGGCCUUAGUGUACAGAUUGUGGCUCAUGCUCAUCCAGGUGAUCAUUGCAAUUUGUUUCAUUACUAAAAGUUUCUUCAUGAUAAAAGAAACUAUGUGCUGUAGGUUAGGUGUCCAUUAUGAUGUGUGUAUAAUACAUUACCUACCCAUGAAGAGAGAUCCAGUAAAAGCACAACUUUGUGUUUAUAUUUACAACACUUGCAAUAAUGGUAAUAAAUAGAAGUCUGCAGUUGUGUGUCAUUCAAAAUACUAAGUAACCACUGAUGAUGAGGAUAUAUUUGAUUUAAUUUAGUUUAUUGACCUGGCUUAAGAUUGUUUUUACCCCAAUACUGCAGUAUGAUAUUACUCAACAGGUGUCUUAGAUGGUAGAGAUGCCCUAGACUUGCUGAACUUCAUUGGUGUGCCUGUACAAACAUAGGAUGUAGACUAGACGUGUUGCAGUUUGCCUGUCAGUAGGUAUUAGCUUACCUGUGUGUAAUUCAUUAUGAUGUACCAUUUAUGCACCAAUUUUGUAAUUCAUCUCAUAUACCAUCAACAUUUUGUAGUCAUUUUCAUAGUGUUGUACCACAUAUUAUUUGGAGUGUUCAGAAUGCCCUGAAAAUGGAAUUCUAGGGGGGAACAUAUGCUUUUGUUGCACAUCAAAAGUCUGAGAUGAGAAUUCAGUUUGAUUCCUCAGUAUCUUCAGCAGGAGAAUGCAGUUCUCAAUGUUUGUUUUCUCAUUUGCUCAACCAUGGGAUAAAGUUUUAUGUAUCACAUUGAUCUUUCAUGCUAAUGGAUUCUACUAUUUAUUGUUUACUAUUUUAUUGUGUAGCUGUUGUUACUUUUGUUAUUAUUGUUAUGAUCUUCAUUCUCUGUAUUCUUAUUCUCUCUAUAGCUAUCAUGCAAUAUUUCAAAUCUGUGGUCAUGACACAAUGGGACUUACUUAAUUCAGAAUAUUUAUAGCUUUAUUUUUGCCAACAAAUUUGCUGCAUCAAUAAAACUUUGGAAUAAUUAUAUAUUUAUCAUUGCCUAAUGUAAGGGUUACUAUAGUGUUUUUUACUUAAGUGUUACAGCACAAUAACCCUCUCAUGUUCCGGGUGUUUCUCUUCUUGGUGCCUGCGCCAUGCUGGGAGGAUGGUGCAUCAGGGGCUCUCAGUGCCCUGUGUGGCCUAACUCACCAUUUUGCCAAUGGCUGGGUGAUGAGGAAAAUUUCAUGCUAACCAUCAUGAUAUUUCAAAUGCUAUACAUUGGAUUAAUGAGGUCCCACUGUUUACAGAUGUAUAUACUUAGUGCACAAGAUUCAUAUUAUUACAUCAUUAUUUCUAUCAUCCAUUUCAUUAAGUUACUUUCUUAAAGUAAGAUAUUUACUUUCAUCCCUAUUUACAACAUUACAUGUAUCUUUAACCUGCCCCCAAGACAUGCACAGAAGAAUUAGUAAAUUUACUGCUUAUUCUAAGAAAAUCUCCUAAGACCUUACUUGUAUGUUGAUUAUUGGAUUAGACGAUGGGUCUAAAACUCUAUAAUGUCUGUGAUAUCAGCAUUCACUUGAAACUUUCAUGAAAAUCAGGUCAGACUUGUCCUUAUUCCUGACUCACUCCUCGUGUUGGUGAGUGAGCUGGUGGCUUUAAUGCAUGUAUACAUUUGUAUUGAGAACAUGAAGAAUUAUUGCUGAAUUUAGUGUUCAAAAUCUGUGUAGAUAUGUAUGUUUGUGUCUACUAAAAUACAAAUGUUCAUUAAGAAUAUAAAAAAUAAAAUGAUUCUGACAUAUGCAUACAAAGACAGUUACUAAAUGACUGCAUUUUGUUUUUCAUUAGUAUUACAGAGGGAAGUCUUUUGAAUUUGUAUUGUUUUUUUUUUACAGAACACAAAAGGAGUAUCCAUAUAGAAAAGAUAACAAGAAAUAUUUUCCUGCAUAAUAAUGUUUGUCAGUUGUUUCUUAUAAUAGGAAACUUACAGUACUCUUUGGUCAUAAGUGAAUUGAACUGUUAGAGAUUUUCUAGCACCUGGCAUCUUAAGACCAUAUGGUGCUGAUUUUGGUCAUAGCUAAGGUUCAUAUUAAUGGGACACAACUGAUUUUGCAGUGUUGAGUAAAUCCAAAAUGCAGCAUGGGCUUACAUACAUACCUGUCUUUACUAGUAUGCUGGAAAAUAAACUUUGUAGUAAAUGAAUGAUGGCAGAUAAAAACUGAAGAUAUUCAAAUUAAGAACUCAUGACAUCACUCCUAAUGGAUAGCUCUCUGUAAAACUUCUUGACGCUAGAAAAUAAAUUAUAGACAUGAAAUACUCAAAUGUGUGAUUGAAGCUGUUGCGUUAUCCAAGAAUUAAAAAGUUGCCGUAAAGGUUCUUAUUUGUUUAUAAUCAUAUGCCAGAUGAGAUAACGAUGUUAGUGUUGAUUAUUUGAAACAGCAAAAUUAUAUGAAGAGAAUGUAUAUGUAGAAAUGUCACAGCAGUAUAUUAAUGUAGGUGACCAUUUGCAGAAAUACCAGUCUGUAAUUGAUGAGUUAGAGCAUGAAGUAGGCAAAGCAUUACACUGUAGACUCAAUGAGUGCUUUGAUCUGUUGUUUCUUUGUAUGGAUAUUGGGUCAAAGGGUGUAAACUUUUGUAUGGCAGGUGCCUCAACAUCCUCUGGUGGGAAGACUGGAGUUUUAAGCUAUGCAGGUGAUUUUUCUGUGAAGUGCUGUCACAUAAGACGAUAUUGUCAAGUGAAUUAAUGGUACUUCCAAUUUAUUUGAUGGUUAAGCAUGUUUUGAUAACCUUUAUGGAAGUGCAGUUAAAUUAGCUGUAAUAUGUUUGGUGAUGACUAUUUUCCAUAGUGUAAGAAAAGUUUUGUUCCCACCAUUAAGGAGUUGAUACUUAGGCUAUCUUCCCUCCCGUCCAAAGUUUAACCGUUUUUACCCUACUCGCAAGUUGCCUUAGGAGACUUGUUGUCUAGCGUCUGGUUGCUGUACAUGCAUCAGGUUUGCCUGUGAAAUAUCUGACUCAGUGUUGUCAAUAUGUUUGGACUGAUCUUUUGUGCAUUUCUCUUAAGGCUAACACCUUGAUUAUAAGGUCAUUAUGAGUAAUUACUUCAUUAUUUAUCACAGGAAUACUAAUCUCAUUUUCUACCAGAUAUGUAAAAAUAAUACAUUCAAGGCUUAA